AAUACAUAUAUCCAAUGAUAAUUUCCGACAUUGUAUUUGAAAAUGAAAAAAAAAACUUUUUGAAUUUUCAAUUUUUUGAAAUUUAUUAUUAUUUUUUCUGUAUUUUAAUUUGAUCUUAUUUAUUUUUUAAUUUUUAGUUAUUUUUUAUUUAAUUUUCUAAAUCUUUAUUUAUUUUUCUCACUUUUUUAAUUUAUGAGUUUUUUGUUAAAUUUUUCGAUUUUAUUUUUUUUUUGUUUAUUUAUUAAUUAAAUAAUUAUUUUUUGAAAAAAAAAACUGUUUUUAACCUGUUCAGCAGGUCAUUUUUCUUCUUUGGAGGUUUUUUAUGAUAAAAAUAUCACUUUAAAGGUUAAAAGUGUUAGUGAAAAAACAUCAAGGUUUAAAGUGCUAGUAAGUGACACUUUCAAGGUUUUUUAUGCGAUUUUCCCUUAAUAAAAAAUUGGUUAGUUGAUGAUUUUGCUUCUUGUCUGAAGCUUCUCUGGUAGUGGAACUGGUUAAACUGCUCUGUCUUGAUUUUUCCAAAGAUCAUUUAGAACAUGUGCAUCAACCAAAGACUAGUUGAGUACAACCUGUGAAUAUAUACUUUUCUUCUUUAUGUUCGUUACUUAUUUGUGAUGGAUCAUGUCAUACAUGUAUUGGUAAGCUUUUACUUGAAAACUGAUGGAACAUUGGAAACCCAAGAUUUAAUUUAUUACAUAGUAAACUGAAACCUUCUUUUAAUGCGAAACAAGUUUCAAGUCUCUCAUAUUACUUCACUAUAUAUAUAAACUGUCUAUGCACUUCUUAUCCUAGUAGAAACAGCAAGAGAAGACAGAAGCAAUGAAGGUUUCCAUAAGCAUCAUCGUUGUCCUCUUCUUUGCGACCUUCGUCGUCAUCUCUGCUGCCCCUUCCCAUGAAACUUGCAUAAGAAGAAACAUCGACAGGUCACAACCACCAAGCUCUUCACUCGAAACCAAGACGGCAUCAAGAUUUAUCACUCUUGCGGAAAUGAUAUGCAGAGACAUGGCUCGUUCAGUCAUGUUCCAUGUGAGGAUCACCGGAAAAUUCCCAUCUCAAUAUGUAGAGGCGAUGUGCAAUGUGUUUGGAGAUGAUGAGAAGAAAGUGAAGGAGUAUGUUGAGAAGAUAUGGUUGGGACUGGGAGGUCCGAAGCUCGUGUCUAGUUUAUCUUGUGUCUUUCAUUGAUUUGUACGUGUUGCAAAACUUUAAACACUUAUAAUACAAUUUGAGUUUUUAUUUACCA